UCUCUACAAAACUUGCUACACUGAAAAUAUGGAGUCCACUAAAAUCUCACCUCUCUUUCUCAUUUGCAUGCUUUUCAUUUCCUCCGCCACUCCCAUUCUUGGUUGUGGUUCAUGUGGCACUGGCAAAGCACCACCAAAGCCCCCUAAAGGCCCCAUUACAAUCCCUCCCAUUGUUAAUCCCCCAAUCAACCUCCCUCCCAUUCUAAAUCCCCCUGUGACAGUCCCUCCGGUGACGGUGGUUCCUCCCAUAAUUACUAAGCCACCAAGUGGGAAACCUUGCCCGUCGGCCACUUGCCCCACUGACACAUUGAAAUUGGGUGCAUGUGUGGAUCUGCUUGGAGGGUUGGUUCACAUUGGCCUUGGUGACCCACUUGUGAAUGCAUGUUGUCCAGUCCUUGCAGGGCUUGUUGAGCUGGAAGCUGCUGUUUGCUUGUGCACCACUCUGAAGCUAAAGGUUCUCAACCUUAACAUUUAUGUGCCGCUUGCUCUUCAGCUGCUCAUCACUUGUGGGAAAACACCCCCUCCUGGUUACACAUGCUCUCUCUAGUUUAAAUCAAAGCUGCUAGGUUCAUGGAUGCAAUGACGAAGCCCACAUGACAGGAUAUCGUCCAUCUUUUUCUUUUAAAUUCCCCUUUCUACCUCAAUUGGAUUGGAUUUGGAGCUCAGCUGGCUAGCUAUUAGUGUAGACCAGUUGUAUUUUUCAAUGAUUGUCGCAAGUGUGUGUUUUUGUGUACGACCAAUGAAGCAAUCAACAAUUAUUUUCUAUCA